UCUAUUUAUUGCAACCAAACCCACACUCUCUUCCACACUAUUCAUCAUCCCUCUACAUUAUAUCAUUUCAUUAAUUAAUUAAAAAAAUAUCUAAAAUAAGAACAAAAAAAUAUGUUGAAGCAUAAUUUCCACAAGUCCCACUCUGCCAGCUGUACUACCGUAUUUCCGGUGCCGAUCGCGAAGCCUUUCCUCUCCGGUGGAGGAAAUGCUGCGGCUGCACUUUCAUUACCUAUUUCUCAUAAAAACACUACUACUAUCCCGACGAAAAAGUCGAAAAGAAUUAGUCGAGGAGGAGUAAUAAUCCGGCGACAGUACUCCGGCUCCUCCACUGGAGUAAAAGCCGUACUAAUCGCCGGAUCAGAGAAGUCAACCACCACCGUUAAGGCGGUGGUGACUGUGCUGCAGACGGUGGGUGGGGCCCUCACCCAUCUCGGAUUGAACCGUGGGCUAGACGAUAUAGCCGAUGUGCUCGGUAAAACCCUUCUGGUCGAGCUGGUCGCUGCGGAGCUCGAUCCUAAAUCGGGACUGGAGAAAGCUAGCAUAAAGUCGUAUGCACGUAAAACGGGAAAGGAUGACAACGAGACCUACUACGAGGCUAGUUUCGAGAUUCCCGAGGAUUUUGGAGAGGUGGGUGCGGUGUUAAUUGAGAACGAACAUCACAAGGAAAUGUUCUUGAAGAACAUCGUCUUUAAUGGCUUCUCGACGACGACGACAAACGACUCACUCGAAGUAACGUGUAACACCUGGAUUCAUCCCAAGUUUGAUAACCCUGAGAAGAGGGUCUUUUUCACUAACAAGUCAUAUUUGCCAUCACAAACUCCGACUGCUCUGGAAAGAUACAGAGAGAAAGAGCUCGAAAUUCUAAGAGGCGACGGCCAAGGGGAGCGCAAAACCGCCGACAGAAUAUACGAUUACGAUGUAUACAACGAUCUCGGCGAUCCAGAUUCCGACGUUGAUUUGGCCCGACCCGUUCUCGGUGGGCCCGACCAUCCCUACCCUCGCCGCUGCAGAACUGGCCGCCCUAGAACUGAGAAAGAUCCAUUGUCCGAGUCAAGGAGCUCCAGCGUUUACGUGCCGAGAGAUGAAGCAUUUUCAGAGGUGAAGCAGAUGACAUUCUCUGCAAAAACUGUGUACUCUGUUCUUCACGCGCUAGUUCCGUCGGUGCAGACUUCGAUCAUUGACACCGAUCUCGGAUUCCCACACUUCACAGCUAUAGACACGCUAUUCAACGAAGGAUACGAGCUUCCGGAUAGUUCAACCGUUGUGUCGUUACGCAACAUUAUACCCAGGCUUGUGAAGGCUGUCUCCGACACUGGGAAUAGUGCUCUGCGCUUUGAGACCCCUGAAUUUAUCGACAGAGAUAAGUUUGCUUGGUUUAGGGACACUGAAUUUGGAAGACAAACUCUAGCAGGUGUUAAUCCAUGCUGCAUCAAAUUGGUCACGGAAUGGCCCUUGAAGAGUAAUCUCGACCCUGAAGUGUACGGGCCAGCUGAAUCAGCCAUCACUACGGAGCUUGUAGAACAAGAAAUCGGAGGCUUCACGACAGUUGACGAGGCAUUGAAACAAAAGAAGCUUUUCAUCUUAGAUUACCAUGAUGUGUUCUUGCCAUAUGUGAACAAGGUAAGACAGCUCAAGGGGACAACUCUUUAUGGAUCGAGGACAUUGUUUUACUUAACACCUGCCGACACGUUGAGGCCGUUGGCUAUCGAGCUAACUCGACCACCAAUAGAUGGGAAGCCACAGUGGAAGCAGGUAUUCAAGCCAACUUGGGAUGCCACUGGUGUGUGGCUGUGGAGGCUCGCUAAAUCUCAUGUCCUGGCUCAUGACUCUGGUUAUCAUCAGUUAGUCAGUCACUGGUUGCGGACUCAUUGUUGCACAGAGCCUUACAUAAUCGCAACAAACAGGCAACUAAGUGCAAUGCACCCGAUUUACCGACUGUUGCAUCCUCAUUUGCGCUACACCAUGGAAAUUAACGCGUUGGCUCGUGAGGCCCUUAUUAACGCUAAUGGGAUCAUUGAGAGCUCAUUCUCCCCCGGCAAAUACUCCAUGGAACUGAGCUCUGUUGCCUAUGACAAGCUAUGGCAAUUCAACCUAGAGGGACUGCCAGCAGAUUUAAUCAGCAGGGGCAUGGCUGUGGAGGAUCCAACUGCACCACACGGUCUGAAACUAACAAUCGAAGACUACCCUUAUGCCAAUGAUGGUUUGCUUCUAUGGGAUGCUAUUAAACAGUGGGUCGCUGAUUACGUCGCUUACUACUAUCAAGAACCGAGCCUCGUAGAGUCAGAUACCGAGCUCCAAGCAUGGUGGACAGAGAUUCGAACAGUAGGCCAUGGGGAUAAGAAGGACGAACCAUGGUGGCCGGAGCUGAAAACUCCGGACGAUUUGAUUGGAAUAUUGACGACUAUUAUAUGGGUAGCUUCGGGUCAUCAUGCUGCCGUAAACUUCGGCCAAUUUGAUUUCGGUGCAUACUUUCCGAACCGGCCUACAAUUGCUCGAACACAGAUGCCUACUGAAGAACCAAAGGACGAAGAAAGGAAACAAUUUAUGGAGAGGCCUGAUGAGUUCCUGCUAAAAUGCUUCCCUUCACAAGUUCAAGCUACAGUAGUUAUGGCGAUCAUCGAUGUACUGUCCAAUCACUCGCCCGACGAGGAGUAUAUCGGAGAGCAAAUUCAGCCGUAUUGGGCAGACGAUAGAGUUAUUAACGCUGCGUUCGAACGGUUUAAUGGACGGUUGAUGGAGAUUGAAGGGAUCAUUGAUGCUAGAAAUGCGGAUACGAAUUUGAAGAACAGGGCAGGGGCUGGAGUGGUGCCGUACGAGCUUCUGAAGCCGUAUUCGGAAGCUGGUGUCACCGGAAAAGGUGUCCCGAAUAGCAUCUCUAUUUAAUUCCCGCGCCACACAGUUUCAGUUCUACAGAAGUCGUGUUUCUGCAGUUGAGAAAAAUAAGGAAUAGUCGUGUUUUAAUUUAAAAUAAUACUGGUGGACUGCUAUUUAAUAAAGCGGGCUCAGGCCCAGCACAGAUAUAUUUCUCGCAGGCUCGGGCCAAGGUUUUGGGCCCAAUUUCUCAUACUUUACGAGAUUUUUUUUUAAAUUGUGAGUAAAAUAUUUUAAAUAAUA